AACAACAAAACAAAACGAAAAACAAAAAAACGGCAACAAAAUGCGCUUCACUUACAAUCAGUAUAAAUACUACGAGUCCGGCUAUCGUAUUCCAUCCAAAAUGCACAAUCUGAACCAUCAUCAUGGCAAUGGCAGUGUGGGCAAAAUCAACAGCAACAACAACAACAACAGCAGCCACGGCAGCAGCGGCCACCACUACAGCAGCCAUCACAGUCAUCACGGCAGCAACAGCAGCAGCAGCAGCAACAGCAAUAUAAACACAAAUCCAUAUCAGCAUCAUUACAAAAGCAAUUUUGGCAUGCGUAUGACCAUGUCCACAAACUCAACGAUGAGUCCUCGCAUCCAUCGCAAAGGCUUUCGCAUACCAUCGAAAAGACAGCCGGGCAAGGGACUGCCGGGCAAAUUGCACACUAUAGCCAGGACGGGCCCGGGGAAGCUAGUGCCGGGGAAACGAAUACCACAGCGACCGCAUCCGCCGCCCUGCGACAAUUCCAAUGACAGUGGCUUGGGAUUCGAUCAGCACACGGAGCUGCGCAAUGGCACGGCCCCAGUUGCCGUCGAUGCCAGGAGCAGCAACCCCAGCAGCAGCAGCAGCAGCAACAGCAGUAGUAGCAGCAGCAGUUGUAGCAGCAGCAGCAGCAGCACUGGCCUCUCCGGCAGUGGACAGCAUUCAAAUCUGAUAGUAAAUAGUGUGACUGCAGGUGCGGCAAGCAGCAGCUCUUUGCAGCAGCAGCAGCAGCAUCAUCAGCCGCAGCAGCAGCAACAACAACAGCAACAGCAUCCGCAUCAACAGCAACAUCAACAGCAGCAACAACAUUCACCGCAGCAGCAUUUAAUACGCGCGAUACCUGUUUCAAGAUUCAUUGGCACACGCGCCGUAACCCGCGUGGCCAACAAGCGACAGCCCACGACGCCGCUGAACAGCAUCGCCAGCUCCAAUGAUAGCCAUGUGCAGCUGGAGAUCGUGUCGCAGCCGGAGCAACAGCAUCGUGCACGCUACCAGACCGAGGGCAGCCGCGGCGCCGUCAAGGAUCGCAGCGGCAACGGAUUUCCGAUUGUCCGGCUAACGGGCUACGAUAAGCCCGCCGUGCUGCAGGUGUUCAUCGGAACGGACAUUGGACGGGUCGCGCCGCACAUGUUCUAUCAGGCGUGCAAGGUGGCUGGCAAGAAUUCGACGCAGUGCAACGAGAAGAAGGUCGACGGCACCAUGGUCAUCGAGAUUGACUUCAAGCCCGAAACGGACAUGACCAUCACCUGCGAUUGCGUUGGCAUCCUUAAGGAACGCAAUGUCGACGUGGAGCAUCGCUUUCCGGAGCAUCUGGCCCAGAAGAACAAGAAGAAGUCAACACGUUGUCGCAUGGUCUUUCGCACGCAGCUAACACGUGACGAUGGCAGCACUGAAACGCUGCAGGUCUGCUCCAAUCCCAUCAUAUGCAGACUUUUACAGACGCAUUUGAUCUGCACAGUGCCGCCAUACCUGCAUCAGAAUAUACUAAAGCCGGUCUCUGUCCAGGUGUCAAUCAUAUCGAGCGGCAAGAAGAGCGAGCCCCACACCUUCACCUAUACGCCCAAGGGCAGCUAUACGACUUUGGCGGCGGCCAGCACGUUAAGUAGCACAAUGCAUAGCCAAGAUGUCGCCAGCUUCAUGGACACGAGCAGUGCGCCGGCCAGCAGCAACGGCGCCUGGGGCAGCGCCGGUGGCAGUGCGGCUGUUGUUGCCGCCGCUGCUGCCGCUGCUGCCGCUGGCGCGGCCGGAGCCGGCGGCGUGGUGGAGACGAAGCAUGAACUGGACCUGGGCAUGAUGCCGCCACCGAUCACCACACAGAUACCGAUGGGACUGCGACGAUCCUCGUUGUCGGGCGCCACGCCCAUGAUUACCGACCAGCAGCUGGUGCAUCUGAGCGCCGAUGCGGCGCUCAAGAGCGAGCUGCUGGACGAGAGCAGCUCGCUGAGUCCGCGCACAGCCGAGACGCUGCACUCGCCGGAGGCGCUCGAUCCGUGCAGCCCCAAUGCCCUGCAGUAUCAUGCGCACUAUGCGCGCGAGGGCAGCCUGGACACGAUCAUGUACGAUCAGUCGAACAGUAUGCCCGGUUUUCCGGUGCCCGCCGCGGCCGCUGUUGACCUCGAUCCCGCCUCGGUGGCCGUGGCCGUUGGGCUGGCCGUCAAGCACGAGAUUAUCCAGCAGCAGCAGCAGCAGCAGCAGAACCAACAGCAGCAGCAACUGGAGCAACUGGAGCAGCUGGAGCAACAGCAGCAACAGCAACAACAGCAGCAACAACAGUCGUCGGCGGCGGCGGCCAAUGUGCACAAGUUCAUCGACGAUCUGACCAAAUCGACGUCUGUGGUCAAUAGCAACGGCACCAGUGAGCCGGCUCUGUUCACCAGCGCGUCGGACAUCGACCACGCCCUCACCGACAUACUGCAGCAGAAGGUGAGCGUGCUGACGCACACGCACACGCACACGCACCAGCACUCGAAUGGAGCGGCCACAGCAGCGCCGGGUGUCCUCAAGCGCAGCCUCUCCAUCAGCAGCAGCAACUCGAACUCGAGCUCGCUGUCCGGCAGCGAAACGUCGCCGAAUAGCUCGCCGAUCACGCAGGACAUCAUCCUGAACUCGGAGCCGGCGGCAGCGUUGGGCGCCGGGCUGCCGCUGCAGCAGCUGGCCACGGUGCCGGCGGCCGCGGCUGUGGCCAAUGCCGGCGGUGCUCUGUCGACUGACAUCAUUAUGAAUCCGGCCGUAUCGCCGUCGACCAUACUCUGUUCGGCGAACGGAGCCGCCACGGCGGUGGUGGCCAACAUUCUGGCGCCCCACCAGGUGACCAUGGCCAAUUCGAUAUUGAACAACAUUGCCAUGCAGCCGGAGCCGACGCGGCAGGAUGCCGCCGUCGCUGCCCUGGCGCUGAGCAACAUUAUGAUGAGUCCGCCGAAUGCGGCCGCCGGCGUCAGUGUCGAUGUGGGCGACACGUUGCCGCCCACGCCGGCCGUCAUGCAGCCGGAGGUGGCGGCCACGGCCACCUCGACGGCGGUCAGUAACAUGAUCAUCAAGGCGGCCGCCGAUUUUAUAGACACGCAGGAGCAGGAGCAGCAUCAUUAUCACCACCAUCCACAUCCACAUCCGCAGCAACCGCAGCAGGCAGCGAAUGCGGCUGCCAGCGCUGGUGAUCCACUCGUCAAUCUGCUGCUGAACCACACGACACCGGAAACCGUGGUGGUCGAGGCGGCUGCCGUCGCCGCUGCCGCCGCCGCCGGCUAUCCAACGCUGUCCGGCGUCCAUCUGCCGGUCGUGCCGCCCACACCACAAGAAUCUCUCAUUGUUGCGCUGGCCACUGAGAAUGCGCUGCAGAAGUCUGUGGCCACCGCUGCCAUUACCACCAACGGAGCGGUAAUGACCCAGCAGGCAACGACGCCCAGCAGCACCGGCAGCAUCCUGCCGGCAGCCGUGGGCGCUGUCGCCGCAGCCGCCGCCGUCGCCGUGCAGCCGCCCAUACCACAGGAGCUGACAUCAAUGUCCGACCAGGACCUAAUCAGUUAUAUCAAUCCGAGCACCUUCGAUCAGCUUUAAACGGCAGUAGAUCAACAAAUUAAACUAUUGGGUUAUUUUUAAACAAAUAAGGGGAAACCACACAGGCCUAAUCCUAAGCGUAUAAAUAGAAAGAAUGAAGAACACACACACACACACACACACACACACACAUAAUUACACUUUUUAAUGUGGACCAAAUGUUGUCAAGUUUUUGUUAUUUUCUUAUUGUUGGGCUAUCAGCAAAACAAUGAGAAUUGGCAUAUUAAAUAGCCUCACACACACACACACACACACACACACACACACACGCACACACAUUUGUAUCGUUGUAAGCACACUUGUUAAGCUGUAGACCCUAUAGAUAUACAUUAUUUUUUUUUUCUUUUUUUUUUGUUCUCGUUAAAUCUAAAUUGAUUUUUUUCAACAAAAGUCAAAUUAUCUCAAAAAUGAUAACGACUGCCAUAUAAAUACAUGAUUA